AGAGAAGUCAGGAAAGAAGUCUACAAUGGAGAUUUUUCCAUUAGGAAAAGUGGGGGAGAGCCAUCCAAACUAAAGGAGAGCAAUUCAACCCAAGGGCAGAAAUAGAGGCAGGGAAACCUGUUCAGGUUCUCUUGGAAUCAACCAACAUGGCGUCAGUACGAGAAGUGUCCAGUUUCACUGAAGACCUGCUGUGCCCCAUUUGCCUCUCCUUCUUUCGGGAGCCCCACAUGCUGGAGUGUGGCCACAGUUUCUGCGCUCCCUGCCUGGAGCCCUGCAUCCCCAAAGGACAAAGACGGGGGCUCUGCCCCGAGUGCCGGCGCCCCUUCGCUUUGCGCCGCAUGACGAUCAACCGAGCCCUCUGCAGCCUGGCUGAGAAAGCCCGGCUUCUGAAGCUGGACGAAGGGACGCAGCUGAGCAGCACCGGAGGAUGGUACUUCUGUGAGGAACACGAGGAGCCUCUUAAGCUCUUCUGCAGCCAAGAUGAGGAGUCCGUUUGCGUCAUCUGCCGGGACUUGCCUCAGCACCGGGGACACGACUUCCUGCCCAUCAAAAACGCGGUUCAGACCUAUCAGGACCAACUGAAGGCCUCUCUGGAGCCUCUUGAGGAAGGUCUCAGGCGGUUGAAAAGAAGCCAGUGCCACCAGCAGGAGAACAUUAUUGAAUUAAAGACCUGCUCCGAAUCCUUGUCUGAUCAUGUCUCUGGAGAGUUUGUGAAGAUGCACCAGCUGCUGAACGACAGAGAGUUGGGUAUAAAACAGGCCUUAGAAAACCAGAGAGAAAAGAACUUGGCACAGAUGGAAACCAAGUUAAAGGAACUGGACUGGAAGAUGGCUUCACGUUCAGAAACACUGUGUCGUAUACAGGCCAGCCUUGAAUGCAAAGACCACAUCAGUUUCCUUAAGGAAGCAAAGGAGUUGCUAGAGAGGCUCCGUAAGGAACAAGGAGCUCCGGACGAACCCGAGCUAGAUGCUGAAGUGGUAGGAGAAGAUGGGCACGGUGCCAGCAGUGAAGAUACAGAUGAGUGUGAGAAUGAAAUUGAUGAAGACGUUGAUGAUGAGGAAGUGGAGGAAGUAGAAGAAGAGGAAGAAGAGGAGGAGGAAGAAGAAGAGGAGGAACAGGAAGAAGAAGAACAAGAGACAGCAGAGGAAGAAGAAGAGGAGAAGGAAGAGGAUGAAGAUGGAGUGGUGGCUGUCGACUUGAACCUGGGCGAGUUUAAAGGACCUCUGCAAUUCUACGCCUGGAAGGAGCUCCUGGGUGCAGUACAUCCAGUCCCUGCAACCAUCACUUUGGACUGCAACUCAGCUCAUCCCAGCUUGGUCCUCGUGGAAGAAGCCACCGGGGUCAAGUUCAGUCCUGGCCGACGGUUCUGGCGACGAAAGCUGGAGCGCUUCACCUCCACCCCGUGUGUGGUGGGGCGGAAGGGCAUCACCACUGGGCGCUUCUACUGGGAGAUCCAAGUCGGGGACAGCCCAGGUUGGAUAGUGGGGACCGCCAAAAAGUCUGUGAAGCGUAAAAAGCGGCUGAAUUUUCUGCCCAAGGAAGGGGUGUGGGCUAUUGAGCUGAAGGCGGGAGAGUACCAAGCCCUGAGUGAUCCCCGUACGCCCCUUUCGGUCUGCGGGAGGAUGGAAAAAGUGGGGGUCUACCUGGACUUUGAAGGGGGGCAACUCUCUUUUUACAACAGCAGCAGCAUGUCCCACCUCUACACCUUCCAAGCGUGCUUCCAUGAAGAGCUGCUGCCCUUCCUCAGCACUCAAAGCAGCUACCCCCUUUCGGUGUGGGACCUGGAGCUUUGAGAUCUUAGCUCAGGGUGUAGGGUUAGGGUUAGGAUUGCAAAGAACAGCCUGGUGAAAGUUGAAAACGUCGAGGUGUGUUAAGAUGGCUGCUUUUAAGAGAAAGUCCAUUCUAUUCCCUCUUUGCAAGCGAUCGCUCGAAGAUUCGAAACUGGUCUGACCUGACUAUUGUGGCCCAUGAUGGUGGUUCUAGGUGCAGAGAGCACUGUAAGUGUAGCUUUUAACUUGACCUUCUAUUUGCCACGUGUUUAAUUUGCUCGACCCGUUGACUGUGGCAAGGAUAGAGGUUGCCUCUGUCCACCUGUGGUGCAAGAUUUUACCUGCUUUCAAUGCGUUCCACUGCAGGCAAAAACAAUGAAGGCAAGCCAUACUUCC